GGUGACCAAGUCGGACAUGUUUGCCGACGCGCAAAGAACGUCAAAGCCUGCGAGCCGCGCAUCGACUCGUCUGACCUCCGGACUCGCUGCCCGCUGAGACCCUCGCCGGGGGGGCUUCUACCCACAUUACGCGUCUCAUAUUCUGUUUCCCCCCCCCCGCUGCUCCGCCGCCGACUCCCGCAGGAGAACCCAGCAGGAUGCGCCUCACGCUGCCGGCGUUGAUCUCCCACGGCCGGGUGGCCCGGAGGAUCGGCCUCGGUCCGCAGUCCCGGAUCAACAUGCUGCGGAACAUUCUGACCGGGCUGGUCCGGCACGAGAGAAUCGAAACCACGGCGGCCCGAGCUGACGAAGUCCGCUUCUACGCCGAGAAGCUGGUGGACUACGCCAAAAGAGGAGACACCGACGAGAAGGCGAUGAAAAUGGCCACUUUCUGGCUCACGGAAAAGGACCUGGUCCCGAAGCUCUUCAAGGUGCUCGCGCCGCGGUUCGAGACGCAGUCCACCGGAUACACGCGGACGGCUCGCCUCCCCAACAGGCAGAACCUGGACCGGGCCCAGAUGGCCGUCAUAGAGUACAAGGGCCACCCCUUCCCGCCGCUGUACCCCGUGAAACAAGACAACGAACUGACGCUCGUCAACCAGCUGCUCAAAGGCUACCGGCAGCAGCAGCAGGAGGAGUCGUCCACGCGGCCGAGUUAGGGGCAACCUGGUCAUCCGUGGUCGCCACGGCAACCGGCUGCAGACGACCACCAAAAGGACAUUUUACGUAUUAAUAAAUUCUUUCUUUACAGAACUAAA